AGUGCUUUGUGUGGGGUGCGGAAGCUAAGGUUAGGAGGUGUGUGCUCUGCAUAGUGGGACAGUAGCAAGUUGUAUAAGUCAAGUGCGUUUGGAAACGUCAGACAUGGCAGAGGGCGAUAACAAGAGUGCGAAUCUUCUAGCUCAGGAGACAGCUCAGUUGGAGGAACAGCUGCAAGGAUGGGGCGAGGUUAUUCUGGCCGCUGAUCAGUUCUUGCGCUGGGAGAAGGCCUGGUUCCCUGGUGCCCUGAUGGGGGUUACCACGCUCCUCUUCACACUCAUCUACUACUUGGACCCGUCUGUGCUGACCGGCCUAUCCUGUACUGUGAUGAUCCUGUGUCUGGCUGACUAUCUGGUUCCCACCCUUGCUCCCCGAGUCUUUGGCUCCAACAAAUGGACCACCGAGCAGCAGCAGCGUUUCCAUGAGAUCUGUGGGAAUCUGGUGAAGACCCAGCGCCGUGUGCUUGGAUGGGGCAAGCGCCUGUUUGCGCUGAAGGAGGAGAAGCCUAAAAUGUACUUCCUGUCUGUGAUCAGCAGCCUCUUGGUGGUGGCCUGGAUUGGACAGCAAGUCCAUAACCUCUUCCUCACAUAUCUGAUUGUGAGUUUCCUCCUCCUCCUGCCCGGCCUCAACCAGCACGGCAUCAUAUCCAAGUACGCAGGCAUGGCCAAGAGAGAGAUCAACAAACUCCUCAAACAGAAAGAGAAAAAGAAUGAGUAAAAGAAAGUGCUGAGAAAGAGGAAGACGGAUGGAAACAUAAAGAAUUGAGCUUUGCCCCUUCUCCUAACCCAUAACCUGUGCACAGAACAAGACCAAGUAAAGCACUGGCCAGUGCUCCAGCAUACGCCAGCCCCGCGCUGGACUGGGCCUGCAGAGUGAGCAGAAAUCAUGCUGGCAUUUCAUUAGGUUUCACAUUGCUGUUGGCUGUCUCUCCACACCGAUGAGUCUAGUUCACAUUAAUGACAUUUUCCCUGUUUAUGUUUUGUAGUCUUUAUGGAUCUGUGCAAACUCUUGUGGUGAAUAAUGUGCUUUAAAAGUUGUUCUCUCUCGGAGAGAGCAAGCCACUGAACAAUCACGCUGUAGCAUUGGAAGAUUAGAAGUAAGAGGACAUUGUUUAUUGAAAAGGUCAUUUUUAAGUGGACUGUAGCCUGCUCUUUGAUUUGGAUGGCUAUGAAACUGUUUCAUGUUCACCCUUAGUCAUAUCAGCUGAGACUUUUAGCUGAUUAUGUCUGUUUGUAGAUUGCACUGAAACUGUAGAGAUAACCAGAGUGAGAAGCUGUUGUCUGGUGACAUUUGAACUUGUGUGAGGGGUUUUGAGAACAUUCUGCUGUAUGCCUGCCCUCUGGACUUAGCUAUUUUAUCCUGGCUUCUGAUCCCCCUCAUACCUGCUGGUCACCGCUGUAAAUAUACACUUUCUCAAUGCUCCUUUUCUGUUUAUCUGUGUAUGUGUGUGCGUGUGUGUGUGGGUUUUUUUCUGUCUAGGCCAUGCCUAUUACCUGUCUACUUUCCUUCAUUUCAACUGUCACUCUGCUCUCUAUUAAAGUAAUAAAGUCUGGAUCAAACAGGUUCCAC